AUCAUUCGCCGACGAGUCGCAGAGUGGAGCAAAGGUCUCUGGCGGAAACGGAAAUCAGCAAAUCACCAAAUCAGGAAAUCACCAGCUAAUUAGAGCGAACGAAAAUGAACAAAGAGUUCAUCACGCAGGGCGGCACGCCCAUUACCGCCGAAUUGGCCACGGAUCUGCGCAAUUUGGUUUUCGGUACCGCAGCAAUACCCAUGCGAGCCGAAUGGCUGCAGACGUCCUUUGUGUUUGGUGCUCCCAAGGAGGAGCUCGCCUACGGCCUCCGUUCGCCCCGGAACGCCACCCGUGGUCUGUUGUCCGUUGUCCAGGGAUUCGUCUUGAAGUAUCUGCUCUUUGCCCGGAAGACCAGUCGCGUGGCUUCGCUUACCGACCCGCUCCUGGCCACCGCCGAUAUGCAGAGGGAGGCCCUGUUCUGCGCCCUCUUGGAGAUCCUGCGCACCAUCUCGGACAAGGGCAAGGUCACCAUGGUGCUGCCAUCGGAGGACGAGGUGUUCGUGGACCACAGCGCCUGCUAUUUCCAUGAUUCCGUCACCGAGAAGCUCUAUGUUUUCACGCUGUCACCCAACGACGAGUUGGAAUACUUUUUGAAGCGAAAUUUCAAAUACUUUACAGAAGAGGAGACCCCGGGCACCCUGCUGUUUCUCUAUAGCGCCGUCCUCACGCGAUCCAUGGGAAAAGUUCGAACGGAUCUGGACUCCGCCAAAUCCUCGCCCCUGACGUCCAGCAAUCACGAGGAGGGCUCCCUGAUGAUUGUCACCCUGCUGCUGACGGGACGUGCCACGCCCUAUAUCCACAAUGGUGUUGUCAAUGUGGGCGACGAGAGUAGCUAUGCGGUUCCGCAAUACGGCGUCCUUAAGCGCUGCAUGAUUGGUCUUCUGCUCUGGGACAUCGAGUCAGCUAGUGCUGCGGUUAAUCAGUCCCGUCAGCCGGGCUCCCGACUCAAGACGCCCAACUAUCCCAUCUGGAUAACCAGCUGCACGGGCCACUUUGGCGUGAUCUUCAACAAGAAUCCGGAUCUGCUGCGCAACUACCAUGCGGAGUCGCGUUUCGAUGUGAACUACUACAGCUGCUCCGGUCACCAGAUCCUGAUGACCAUCGACAAUCGCACGUACAACGAGCAGGCAUUGGUCAUGUUGGAGCGGCAACCAAUCACGCCGGAGAGUACCUCGAUGUCCGGAAAGGAUGAUGGCGGUGGCGCAUCCUCGCCAACGGCCGUUUCCGGUGGAGGAGGUGCUGCUGCCGGCGGCGGUGUGGGUGGCGCUAGCGGCGGUGUUGGUGGUGCUGCUAGUGGCGCUAGCGGUGGUAACGAUGUGGUCGCCAAGGAGGAGUCGACGCUCAACACGCCGUUGCAGCGUCUGAUUCGUACCAAGUGGGAAGAGGCAACUAUAAGCUUUCACGUGCAGCCAUCGAUGUUGAGUUAUCUUUUUAGUACCACACAGUAGAAGGCAGUAUCCGAUUUGCUUUAGGAACUCCUUUGCUGAAGUCAGAACGAUUCACAUUUAGGUACAAGAGAUAUCAUCUAAAGUAAUUAGUGGGCUUGCAAAAUAUUUUUGUAAUUUUUAAAAAGUAAAAUGUUAUGUUCUUACCUAUAAGAGCAUAAAUUUCCCAUUGAAUUUUAAAGUGAAAAAUUAUAAUCAGAUUAGUUUCUAAAGAAACUUUAUUAGCUCAGAUAUUAAAACUAAAGCAAUGUUUGAAAAGGGCAUUCAUUUAUUAAUUUGAUAUACAUUAUUAUAUAAUUCAGUCACUUUAUUGAUCACUAAGCAUGUAAGCUUGUCAUGUUGUCUCUUGGUCUAUGAUAUAAAUCGACUUUCUUGGCGAAUGACCAAUGCACAAAUGAAUUGAAACUGCUCGAAAAAUCCUUCUUUGGAUAAAGACGGUUUUAAUUCGCCAACCAAACAAGUAAGUUCCAAUAACAAGUAGUGAAGAAAAAGAACGUCAAAUAAUAUAACCAGAAAAUGAAGUUUUAAUAUUUUGAAAUAUCUCUAUCAAAUCUUUUCUCAUAGUACUAAUAUUAUAAGAGUAAUUAAAAGCAUAAUAUCUAUUAUUAUAGCAGAGACAGGGUUUUGAAAAGCCCCAGAAAUCGCAUAGAUUUAAGCACCUUACAGAUUAGUGCCACAUAUUGUAAGCUUGUUAGAAGAUGCACGAGAUUAUAAUUUAACUAGCACAAAGAGUCACAGAAUUCUACUGUUGCUGUCUUUCCGAUGACAAAUCCGAAUUGGUAUUUCAAAAAGAUACGAACGUUUGAAAUUUCAAGCCUCGAACCAAAACGGCGAUGGUAAAUACACGUAAAAUAUUCCAAAUAUCUGAACGAAUGCCAACGAGCAAGGGCAGAUUUAUGAUGAAAUGAGGCCAGUUGAUGAGGCCAUCAGAAAUCUGCCUGGAUGAGGCCUCCCUUUACGAGAAGAGCGACUGCAGGACUCUAAACCAGUUGAUUGAUGCUGCCGCCUGAAGCCACUAGAAGAUAUAAUAUUAUCCAAUUCAUGUAGAUCACCAACAUGCUUCGAUUACUCCAACCGCACGAUCUUAUCCAGAUUCUGUUCAAAAUAAAACCGAACUUGUACAACCUCUAUGAA